UAUUUUUGUUAAGUUUCUUUCUUAACAGUAUCUUAACAAAGCGAAGAUGUUUAGCUAAAUUCUUGAAAUUACUUAUUUUUCUAAAACUGAAAUGUCGCUGACAAAACAUACACCUGAAUAGUAAAUACUGCCAGUGAUAUGAUAUUGUGCAUCUCGUAUUAAUGGCCAUUUCGGUUAUCGUACUUCUAGUUUCGAAUCUGUAGUUUGUCUUUAAAGCCAAAAUUAGAAUAGACUGGUAUAGGGGAACACUGGUUAGUUUAGUGAUUAUUCGCGAGAGCCAUGCUAUUGGCAAAAGAGCCGUCGAGAUUAUGUUAAUUUUAUUUCUCUUUUCUACUUAUCGUUUUAGGGACGAGUAAAGUUAAAAUACGCUAGCAUUGCUGUUCUGACCCUCAAGCUAACCCGUUCCGAUGUUAGAUAUUAUUUCAAUGGCAGAUCCUGUCGUUUAUUGUCGACCAAUUUCAGUUCAAAUGACAAUUUUGAAAUUACUCAUAAGCUAGGUGGGAGGGAAAAAAAAUUAACUAGAAUAACAGUCGAUGUGAUUUCCUUCGUAAAUUUAAUAGCGGUGUUUUUCCUGUCAUGUUUAACCCGUCACCUGACUCUUAACUGUAUUUUUGUAAGCGCUGUUUUAGGACAAUUAUUACUUUUCAUUAAAAUUAAUUCGGCUUAAAUAAUUAGAAAGGUAGUACAAGAGUGUAAAGUGUUGUUAUAUUGUCUCUUAGUUUUAAGCGUCAUAGAUUUGUUGCGUUACCGAAUAUUACCCAGUUGUGUUAAUACUACUACAGUUUGUUUUCGCAUAGAUUAUAAACACAAUGUCUGUCUCGAUACAGCUAUAAAUGUAAAUGACUUCAACUUGUUUAAACAGUUCGGAAGGAAUGGCUGCGAUGAACCCUGGAUGACGGCUGGUCGCUGCUUCAAGGAGUUUUCUGCUUCCUUAUUUUGUCAUGAAGCCCGAGUAUGACAGCCAUGGGGUUCCGAAACUGAGCUUGGCCAAUCCUCGAGCACAAGUUUUGUUCCCGACAGGGCAGUAUACUUACGCGUUUGGAAACACGCCCGGGUUAGGUUUAGCGGAGCACUUCGGAACUUCCAGAACUGACGACAGUUUGGAGAUUUUGUUGCUAGGCUCGGGAGAUGUUCGAAAUCUCUUGUUCACAGUCUCUGAACUUUCGCAGCGACAGUGCGACACGAUUCUUGCAAGUUUGUCUUUUCAUCUUAAUGAUCACGACCCAUCAAUACUCGCCCGUGAUGCCAUCAUUUUAGAGGUCGCGCUAUCUAUAAAUCCUGACAGUGAGUUGGAUGUGGAGUUCUUGUGGAAUCUGUGGUAUGAUUUAGCGCUCUCUGGCGAGGAAUCAAAGCGGCUGCAAGCGAUUCUUGAAAAUCUCACUUCGCCCAAAUAUGCGAGCAACGUGUUGCAGUUUGGUUCUAAGGACGUGUUUACAGAAUGUCUACAAAUAUGGAACGAUUGGCUUCGACUGGAAUUGAAUAUUGAUGAUGUUUCAACACAGCGGAAAAGUUUAAUGGUUUUUGGACUGAAUUUGACACAGCAUGAAAAUCAGCCGGACAUAAAGGAGGAAAACAUGAACUUUCUUACUGCAGUUUCCUCGCUUACUAACACAACAAUGAAACAACUGUUCUCGCCAAUUGACGAACAAAAGCUUGGUCGCAAAUGUCUACAACGGCCUAGCCCGUUGUAUCAAGAAGUCUAUUCAUAUUUCUUAAGCGGUUGUACUUCGGAGGUGCACACUAGUUCAAAAGUAAACCCGACUCUUAUUCGUCCGUUUGAACACAAGUGGAAGGUCCAUUAUGGGAGCUGUCCUUUUUCAGGCUUCAUUCCAAUUGACAGGACUCGCUUUCAAAACAACAAAAGUUUAACUAAAACUUGCAAGGAAAAGCUUAAGUCGUUGGUAAAAAAAUUUCAGAGCUUCGCUGAGUUUGAGUCUGAUAAUCCCCGUAUAAAGGUACGUAUAAUAAUUAUAUUCACGGUCUGUUGUUAUCUUAACAAAGCGAAGAUGUUUAGCUAA